AACUAAAACGCGCAAUUGGAAAAAGAGAAACAAUAGAAUAAAGAAAAGGAAGCAAUAAUAAAGAAAGAAAGAUAACUUUGUUAAGAAAUAGACGUAGAUGCAACGCGUAAAUAAAGAGAUUAUAGAGGUAUUGAAGCCAAAGAUUGCAGCAACUCCUCGUCGAACCCUCAAUCUAAUCCCGAUAGAUGAUGUUUUUUCCUGGAUUUUGACUGUGAAAGUUGAGUUGAAGAAAGAUGGGAAAAGACAAGCAGCACAGUGAUGACAGAGGACUCUUUUCUAAUAUGGCUGGAUAUGCUAUGGGACAUUACAUUUACCCUCCACACCAUAAUGCUUAUCCCCCACCAGCUGCUCCCUAUCCAGCCUAUCCUCCACCUGGAUACCCUCACACUGGAUAUCCCCCGCCUCCGACCUCACAUCCUCCGCCAGCUGGAUACCCUCACGCAGGAUAUCCUCCGCCAGCAUAUCCUCCGCCUAGCGGAUAUCCCCCAGGAGGUUAUCUUCCAGCAGGCUAUCCAGCUCCUUCAGCUUCUUAUCAUCAUGGGCAUGGACCUAGUGUCGGACCAAUGAUAGCUGGAGGUGCAGCAGCCGCAGCUGCUGUUUAUGGAGCUCACCAUCUCAUGCACGGCCAUCAUGUUGGGUUUGGAAAGUAUAAGCACGGCAAGUUCAAGCAUGGCAAGUUUGGAAAGCGUUGGAAACAUGGCUUAUUCGGGAAGCAUAAGUUCAAGAGAUGGAAGUGAUUUGCACUAGCUAAGUCACAGGUGUUUGGUUGAAGGGAAGGAAUUAUGUGGGAAAAGAAUUGCAAUUCCAUGGGAAAAAGAUAAUGCGAGAAUAAAGUGGGAGUUUAAAUUUCAGUGUUUGGUUCGCAGAAAUAAAAUUACUGAGGAUUUCAAUUCCAAUGUUUGGUAUACAUGAGAAUUGAGAGGGAACAAGUAGUAUAUAAAGUCCAAAAUGCCCAUUGUUGUUGUUAUUUAUAAUUGACAAAUUAAUUCAGAAAUUGUUAUUGUUGUUGCAUAUAAAGGAUGCAAAUUUUGAA